AUUUAUGCGACCCCAUUUCCAAGCUAUUUGAAUAAGCCGGCCUCGCCAGGAAGGUUGACUCAUUCGCUGUGUUCAAAUACGAGACCCGCCUGCUUCUCACACGCCGGUGGUUAUAUUGCAUUACUCCAGCAAUCCUCGACUCCACUGAGAUUGACACACUUGCUCAAAGCUUAAUCCAGUCCCAAUCUUCAGUACAGCACAAUCAUGGCUAGCAGACCCAGGGGGUACGGACUUACUGCCGAACUUUCUAAUAAGAUAGCCUCUAAAUAUAGUCAGGAAAAUGAGCAAGAGGCUCGGUUAUGGAUAGAAGACGUAAUAGGAGAAGCUAUUUCAUCUGGAGAUCGCAACACGCCCUUGGGAAUGAAAGGGUUCCAUGAAGCUUUGAAAGAUGGCAGGAUUUUGUGCAGACUAAUCAAUGUUCUGCAGCCAAAUUCAGUGAAAAAAAUCAACGAUUCAAAAAUGGCUUUCAAGAUGAUGGAGAACAUUGGGAAUUUUUUGGAAGCUUGUGAGCGGUAUGGAGUGAACAAAGUAGACUUAUUUCAAACUGUUGAUCUGUACGAAUCCCAGAACAUGGCAUCAGUUGUCAAUGGAAUUCAUGCCCUUGGGAGGAUGGCCCAGAAAAAAGGUUUUCAUGGCCCUGUUCUUGGCCCCAAGGAAGCAUCAAGCAACGUCCGUGAAUUUACAGAGGAGCAGAUGAAAGCUGGCCAGGGAGUGAUCGGGCUGCAAAUGGGCACGAACAAGGGGGCAUCACAAGCAGGAAUGUCUUUUGGCAAAACAAGGCAUAUUAUUGAUUAAAGUGAUCAUUUGUAUGAAACUUCCAUCCUGAACUGUUUGACAAACCUUCUAUAUUCCAGCAGCCAUUUCAUGCUGUCAACGCAUCAUCAUUACAAAAAAUGUCUGCUGCAAUUAUGGCCUUAACUCUUUUGGCUAUGCAUCACUGAAGCUCUGAAUUUAUGUGUAUUAUUUUUAAAGAUCUGUUGUCUUGAGCAUUUAUUAAGUGUCUUUCCCAGUUAAACGAACAAAAACAAAAAGAUUGCUAUCAAUGCUAUAAAAUACAUGCAUUCCUUUCUUUGUGUGGCCAUUCCAAACUUUGUGGUGUUUCUUUUGAGAUGGUGGAAACUACUUUCAUUCCAAAAUGCAUUCUUUUCUGCUGGAAAUGAUUCCAUUAUUCUGACCUGUGUCCCUUCUCUUCACUGCAACAUUUCGUAAGAACCAAAAUGGUGGAACUGUGUCCUUUAAUUAGUGAUUCACAUGUAAUAAAGGGAAAAAUGAAAGAAAAACAAGACAUAAAAUUAGGAUUUCGGAAGAUUGCAAAUAACAAAACAUGCGUGAAAUUAUGAAAGUUUCCAGAUAUCUUUUUUUUUCUUUUUCAUUAUCUUGUUAAUAGAGCAAUCAAAUAAAACAAAGCAAUGGUCUUGUGUGCUUUCUAGAGAACUAUCAUCUUUGACUUUCUCUACAGACAUACUGUCAUACAGAUAUUACAUCAUAAACGAUAAAUGCUACUUCAGUUAAUCCUUUGGAUUUCUUAGCAAACCAAUGUUUUCUCUACAUAUUACAGCAUACUAUAUCUAUGCCAUAAUAUGGUGCUUUGUAGCAAAGCAUGACAGAAAUCUGCAAAUGUGGAUAUAUUUUUUCAUUCCUAGAUGUAGACUUAAAUCUAGUUACGUAAACAAGACACAGACUGCAGACUGUUAAGGUAAAUUGUAUUAGUUAUAACUGGUGAUAACUGAAUGCGGUUAAACAAGAAAAGCGAAGUGCACUUUUUCUUUAUAAGUAUAACAACAUUGUCAUGCCAAUAUGGUAUCUGCUGACCAUCUGUCGCAAUAAAUGCAUGUUAUCAUGAAAUAAAACUUUUAAAACAAUCAA